UGCGUUUUAAAACCUCUAUUGCAGAUACCAUAUCUGAACAGCAGCUUUCCUGGAGGCGGGCCGCGUCGUGGAAAUACACUGUUAACAUUCUAUGGUGACAAUUUAGACAUUGGAUUGAAAACUAUGAUCGUGGUUUCUAAUUUAAAGUGCCAGAUCGUAAGUAAAACCAAAACGCAAGUGCAAUGUCGAACAAGUGAAUGUAUAGAAAUUCGGAAUAGCCAGAUCGAACAGCGAAUGACUUGUAAAGAAUGCUACCCAGUAAGAUUUGAAAUUGACAGCACCAUAUUAACAGAUGAAAAAGACACAUUCUGCUACAAAGAAAAUCCGGAAAUUACAGGCAUAUCAAGGAAUAAAACAAUCACAAGUGGUGGUCUCCCGUUAAUCAUUUAUGGCGUGAAUCUCACACAUGCUAAUUCAUACAAAUUUUACAUGAAUUUUACAAAUGGGAAAAUGAUACAAAGAGAAUGUCAUAUGUAUCGUCGUUACAUCCUAUGUGAAACUCCAGAUCUGUCCUCAAUCUCUACAGCAAUAACAACAAUAGGUUUAAGAGCAAAAAUAUGUGUUACACUAGAAGACGACGACCUUUUCUGGCGUAUUUGGAUCAGUAGAAACCCUUACUUAAGCUAUAUGACUGUUUAUCCAGAUCCUGUGUUUGAAAAUUUGAAUAGUACAGAAAAACGAGAGAUUCUCAUAGGCGAGAAACUUUUAAAGUUGAAUGGUAAGAAUUUAAAUAUGGCACUUAAACCUGAAGACUAUAAAAUUGAGGUGCAGAAUGUUUUAUGUCCAGUGAAGGAACUAACAUCAACGUAUUUGAAAUGUGAUUUAACAGAGGCAAUUGAAAAGCAUGACUUACUAGAAGACAAAUUAUUACUUACCACAAUAAUGAUCAAAUUUGGUAACGUAACAGUUAUCCUAGGGGAUGCUAAAUUUCAUCACCAACUUCAAACUGUUACUGGCCUCCAUCACUUUUUUAUGGCGGGUGUGAUUGGAAUCUUUGUCCUUCUUGUAUUAAUUGUUGGAGUUUGCAUGAAAACUAAUCAUGUGGGUCCUUUUCAAAGAAAGCGGGUAUCAUAUGAUGCCUCUGUGAAUUACCGUUCUGAAAAUGCAAAUCAACCUAUUUCGGAGGCGUUUUUACAGCCAGAAACGGACCCCGAUAGUGCAACAACUGCCAGACCUAAUGAUUAUGUAGAUGGAAAGCAUAUAACUGAACUUGGGGCUGUAGGUGGAUAUGACACGGACCUGAUAGAAGACAUGGUCGCUGUCAUGAAGAGACAGAAUCUUUUAAUUGAUGGGGAUUGUCUGAGACUUGGAACACAUUUAGGAAGAGGAAAUUUCGGUUGUGUGUACAAAGGAUUUUUGAAAAGACCUAACGACAAGUUUGAAAUGGUCGUGGCAGUGAAGACCAUAAUUCGCUCUGGGGCUAUUGAUGUGAACGCUUUCUUGAACGAAGCUCUGAAUAUGAAGGACUUUGAUCAUCCCAAUGUGUUGACUUUGAUUGGAAUCACAAUGGACAAAGGAGAAUUCCCUAUGGUUAUACUACCUUUCAUGCAUAAUGGAGCUCUUUUAACAUAUAUCAGGGAUGAAGAGAAUAUGCCAACGGUGAAGAUGCUGGUUAUGUAUGGUCUGGACAUUGCUCAAGGAAUGGAGUAUCUUGCAAACAGGAAAUUUGUUCACAGAGAUUUGGCGGCAAGAAAUUGCAUGAUUGACAAGGAUUUUACAGUUAAAGUUGCAGAUUUCGGUCUAUCACGGGAUAUAUAUUCAAAAGAGUACUACAGCUGCGAAAACAGACAAAAAUUACCAGUCAAGUGGAUGGCUCCAGAAAGUUUGGAACAAGGACGGUACUCCUCCAAAUCUGACGUGUGGUCCUUUGGUGUUGUAUUGUGGGAACUUAUGACAAGAGGAUCCCAGCCUUAUCCUGAGGUGGACAACUGGGAUAUGUCCAUCUACCUCAAGAGUGGACGUCGCCUGCUGAGACCGGAAUAUUGUCCUAUGAUGCUAUACCGGGUCAUGUUGAAGUGUUGGUUAGAAAAUCCCGCUAACAGACCAUCUUUUCAGGAUCUUGCAGACGAUAUCAUGCGUCUGAUAGAGGCCAAAGACAAAUCGUACUCACUCGUUGAUACAAAGGUCGAUUUAGAAAGAUGUAAUAAUUAUCAUUAUAUGGAUCAUCAGAGUCUAGCGCGCCAACGAAGUCUUAGUGCAAAAAGAUCAGUGUCUUCAGACGAUGCGCCACUUCUGUAGUUCUUAGAUGAAAUAUAAAAUUCAAAGAGGGAGAUUUUAUUGGUGACUUGAAUGACCACCAAGAUUCUUGAGCAAGAAAGUGUUUCUUCGUGAAAACAAAUGAUUAAAUUCCAGGGAUAGUUUUUCCCUAGUUAGAAUGUUACUAAACAGAUUUCUGAACAAAGUGUUGGAUGCCUUCUGUCUCAAUGAACUGUUUUGUGAGUAAUGCAGUUUGGAAUAUUUAUUCUGUGUAGAUUUCGAAGAAGAAAAUAUUUUGAAAAUCUUUUCAAAGAUGCAUGUUUCCCAUGUUCUGAAUUGUUUGUAAAUAUUGUACAUAAGUGAAACUUCAUGAAAAUAAAAAUUAUUAAAAGCUUGAA